UAGGGCCAGGAUGUUUGAGCUUUAAAUGGUGAUGUCAGGCAAUUUAAUUAGGUCAAGAAAAUAUCAAAAUCAAAGAUAGAGGAAUCAUAAGAGCGACAAAUCUCUUUAUCCUUGGUUUGCUUCUCCUUAAAAAGCAAAAUGGAGGCCAAACAACUCCUAGAUUUUCUCUAUGUUCAUUUCUGAAUCUGUUUCAGCCACCAUUGUUUCUGUCUCAUAAAUAUAAACUCCAAACCAAACUGCAACGAUGGAUGCAUUGGAUGAAGCAGACGAACCACUCACCCCAACCGGAAGAAUGUUACUUAACCCAGAAAUGGAUCAAAUCAUCCAUUCCGUAAUCGGCGUCGAUUGUCCUAUUGACGUACAAUCAGUUAAAGACGAAAUCUCCAAAUCCGUCAUGAUUCAACACCCCAGAUUCUCCAGCCUCCUCGUCCGCGACGACCACGGCCGCGAACGCUGGCGCAAGAUCCAAGUCGAAAUCGACCGACACAUCAUCGUUCACCAACGACCCAUCACCGGAGAUUCUCUUUCAGGUUUGACCGACGAAGAAGCGGUCAACGAAUACAUCGCCGAUCUAGCAGUUUCCUCUCCUCUCAGCACCGACAAACCCCUCUGGGAGGUUAACAUUUUAUUGGCUCACAAAUGCGCCGUCCUACGCGUCCACCAUGCGCUCGGUGAUGGGGUUUCUCUCGUCUCCCUUUUUCUCUCUUGUUGCCGCCGUGCGGAUGACCCGUCUCAGCUUCCGACAAUUUUAACCGUCGGAGAAGGGUCGUCGUCGUCGUCGUCGACCGCGGGUUCUAAUCUGAGUCUGGGGAGGUUAUUGAAGACGGUCUGGCUAACGGCUCUGUAUGUAUUGGAGUUUGUCCUGAGAAGUUUAUUUCUCAAGGACAAAAGGACCGUCAUGAGCGGAGGCGACGGCGUUGAGCAUUGGCCACGGAAGGUAGCUACCGCCAAGUUUAAUCUCGAGGAUAUGAAAGCGGUCAAAAGAGCCGUCACCGGUUCGACAAUUAACGACGUGCUUCUCGCCGUGAUCUCGUCCGGCCUGUCCAAAUAUCUUCAACACCGAUCUCCAAAAGCUGUUGAAGAGGGCCUUCGAAUUACUGGGGUUGCCUUUGUUAACCUUAGGAAACAGCCCGGCUUGCAGGAGCUAUCGAAUUUGAUGAAUAAGAAGUCGGGAUCGAGGUGGGGAAACAAGUUUGGAAUUGUUCUCUUGCCCCUUCAUUACCACACCGAUGUGACUGACCCUUUGCAACAUGUUCGUCGGACCAAGGCAAUGGUGGAUAAUAAGAAACUGUCUAUGGAGGCUUGGUUCUCUUAUAUACUUGCCCAUCUAGUCACCUACUGUUUUGGAUCAAAGGUUGCGACCAAGUUGAUUAAGAGUGUCGUGAACAACACAACUUUCACGAUAUCGAAUGUGUAUGGGCCACAAGAAGUUCUAACAUUUGCAGGACACACCAUAACCUACAUGAGGGUCAACACCUCUAGCCUUUCUCAUGCAACCACAAUGCACAUGUUGAGUUACGCGGGCAAGGCAGAGUUGCAAAUCCUGGUGGCAAAAGACAUCAUCCCUGAUCCUCAUGUGCUUGCCAAUUUGUUCGAGAAUGCCCUUCUAGAAAUGAAGGAAGCUGCUUUAGAGCAAGCCGAGUAGAAGUUAUCAAAUGUACCAUUUAGUUUACUCGUGCUACUACAAACUGAUGUAAAACCAAUUGAUCUAGGGUUUGUUGUUGUGUUAGUAGUUGGUGUAGAACACAUGACAAGCUCACAUGCAUUUUCAACUUUCAUAGUAGAAGGUGGAAAAACAUUGACUUGGUCUAUUGGUUCUUCAUUGGUAGUUGAUUUGAUCUAUGUCCGGUUAUGAUUAUUGAUUCCAUAAUGUCAUUGAGGUGA